UCUUGCCCAUUGAUCUGUGGCUCGCUUUGAUUCGCUGGCGGUGCGCGUGUGAUCCAACAAUUCUCGUAUCGACCGCUGUGGCUGGCGCGCUGCCAAGUGAGCCACCGUCGCUCCCCGCCCCUCCCCGUAUGCCCCGCCCACCCAGGCCUCUCGUGCCGUAGCGGGGCGGCGCGCGGCGCGCACACGGCCUCUGGGGCGCGAGUGGGAAGCGUGUCGUCUACGACACCGUCUCGCCGAGUGUGUGUGUGUGGCUGUGUGUUGUGGGACGGCCCGUGGCGGUGAGAGUAGAAGCUGUAUAGCGCCGGAACGCAGCUCGUCAUGGAUACAUGUGCUCCGCGCUGUUUGACAAGAAAUGCGGUCAACCGAACCAGAUACAUCGGCAUUUUCACCACGGUGGCCGCCACCGUCUCCGUGUCUCUGCUGUCAUGGACGGUGGCGACCGGCUCCAGCGACCAGGAGCGCCCCGACGCCCACCCCCUGGAGAAGGCGGCGCGGGAGGAACAGCGAAUCAUCGGAAUUAUUGCUCUGGUAGUAAACAUCGGAUGGCUUGUGGUCGCCAUCUUACUUGUUACGGCCGUUAGAAAGCGGUGGCCCGGUCUGGCGGUGCCGUUUCUGGUCUGGACAGCUCUGUACGGGCCGUUCUGUCUGGCCGUCAUUGUGGUCUCCCUGCGCCGGAUCGUGCUGCUCUCCGGCGCCGGCGUGGGACAGAGCCUGCUGACCCCGCUGAUCGGCUCGGUGGUCAUGUGCCUCCUGGCACCGGCCGCCUACUCAGUGCUGGCGGUGAUUGUCGCCGCGGGACGGCGACAGAUGAUGGAGAACGCAGAGACAAGAACGCCAUCGAAGACUUGAGCUCAGAAACUUUGUCGCUUGUGAAUAAGCUAUUUUUGUCUGCGUCAUAGCUUAAGAGCAUUUCGAAUUUAGUGUCAUGGAAAGCGUGGAUCUAGUUAUGCUCCAGUCGAUUUAUUAUCAUGCCUGUCAUCUAAUUAUACAUAUCUUUAAUAGGUAUGUAGGAGUUCCAUACAUCCGCUAGCAUAGUCAGAAUAUGACAUUAGCCCCCCUCAGAUAUUAUACGCUGCCGCGUAAUGUGUUGACAUGGAUGAGAUAAUACGCGUCGAGUAGUAGGUACACAUCAAGCACCUAUCCACAAGUUCAUUCAUGGAAGGUGCUAAUGUGACCAUGGCCAGGCUUGGGAACCGCGCGGUUUAAACGCCGACUGAAAUAAACGAGCUAUUGCCAAGACACUUU